CUCGUGUCCUUUUCCAACUUGGUUUUCUACCUAAACCAGUCCGGUAAAGUGAAGACCUCGGGUACGGACAUUCAGACUCUUGCUUUGCCGCCCGGAUCACUCGCAAUUUUGGAUGAAGAGGAAUACGAUACCGGGUUUUAUUACUGCUCCACUACCGCGACGAGGACGACUAGUAGUACACUGCAACAAGAACGAGCAAUUAUCGAGACUGUCCGCAAUCUUCGUUUCGGCCGCGUUACAGACAUUGUGAAGUGGUUGCGGUUCGAGUUGCGGCAGAAGGAACGUAAUUUUCAUGCGCUGGUGAACACGUCUGUUGCUGGCACUCUUUCAACAUCUUCAUCUGCUCUCCUUCCCGCUGACAAGGAUUCCAGUGUGAUGAUCGAGCGUGUCAUUUACCAACUCUCCGAGCACAUUAUCGCCGAGAUUCGCUUGAUCGGCGAGGAGGCAGAGGAAAAGUUGGCGGCGUUGAUAGAGAAAACUACACCUUCGGUGGCGGCCUCGCGGGAAAAUGUUGAAAAUAAGGAGCUUCAAGACCAAGAGCUUCAAAAUGGUAUUAACACGGGGUAUCGCUCUGAUGUCGUGGAUGAAGUAGCUG